GUCGAAGAUGUUAGGCUUGAAUCGGAUUGAUGUAUUGACGUCAGUCUAGUAUAUAAACUGUUGAAACAGAGUGGAUAACUUAAAUAUCAACAUUGAUUCUACAGUGUAACACUUAAAAAGGAAUGUCUCGCCAAAGAAUUUGUAGUGAAGGUGGAGCAGAAAAAGAAGUACAUUAUAGAAUAGCUGUACUAGGAGCUGCUGAGGUUGGCAAAUCUUCCAUCAUAUCACAGUUUCUGUAUGACAGAUUUAACAGUGAAUACAAAGAGACGGUGGAAGAGCUAUAUCGAGGACAAUACAAUAUAGAUGGAAUCCGUCUAACAUUAGACAUUCUGGACACUGCUGGUCAUCAUGAAUUUCCGGCAAUGAGAAAACUUGCAAUAAGUUCAAGUGAUGCUUUCAUUCUUGUUUAUUCUAUGACUGACAAUAAUUCGUUUGAUGAAGUGAAGAAGUUACGAGAGGAUAUUAUUGCACAACGAGAAAAAGUGCCUAUCGUCAUAGUUGGAAAUAAGUCAGACAUUAGUUCAAACGUAUCAUCAGUAGACAAGGAGACGGCAGCGUCUAUAGCAUGUGUGGACUGGGAGACAGGAUUUGUACAGGCGUCUGCAAAGGACAAUACAAAUAUAGUGGGUAUAUUCCAGGAACUUUUACGUUUGUCGGACUUCCCACAGCCGCUCAGUCCGGCUGUACGACGACGACGAAUGUCAAUGCCUACCACUUCAUCGUCAUCGAAUUCCAUCCACAAACAUUCAAGAAAUAGUUGUGUUAUAUCAUAAACAGUAUGUCUUGUUAUCAAAUAUUUUGUACAAUUUUCUAUAAUAAUAUUUAUUUGUGCUUAAAA